AUGAACUUGGAAUCAUUUAGUCAUCUUUUUUUGUAUGAAAGGACUAAUUGUGGUAACCUUUUAUUUUGGGCUACUUUUCUUUUUCUAAAGCGGAUAUCUAGAGCUGGAACCGGAAUUGUUGGUUUCGGUUCUGGUUCUAAAAAAUUGAGAACCGAUACAACAGGUUCCGGCUCCAAAAUCUUUGGAACCGCCGAUUCUAGUUCUUUCAAAUUUAGCCGGCUCCAUCCAUGUACCCAUCACUCGAGACCAACAAUUUCGCUGAGAAACUAUUCCCGGACAACGAUCAAAGCCAUGAACAAUAACAAUCAAUCGCUUUUGAAUCUUCAGAAUAAGUUGUAUAAAAUUCCACGAAUCAAUCGUUCACUUAAUCGAAAAACAACAAAUCAUCCAUUAGCUUCUGAGGUGUUUGAAAUAAUCUGUCUCCAACAAGGCGAAAACAUCAUCGCUUCUCUCGCUCGUGUCGGCGAUGAAAUCCAGUGGUCGUUCGCCAAGGACAAAGCCGUCGUGAAACUAGACGGAUCUUACUACUUCUUCACACUUUGUGUACCUUCCCAAUCCUGA